UUUUGUAUUAUUUCUUGAAGUUUCCUACUUUUCCUUUUCUUCUUCCUCAUCAACUCUUCUUCUCUUUUGUGUAUUUAUACAAAUCUACUUAUAUCACCAAAUCAUAUAUACAAAAAAAUUGUUAUAACUAUUCAUGGCUUUGCAUAAACAUCUUCUGGUCAUUCUCUUGGCUUGUUUGAUCAACUCUUGUUAUGCUUAUCAAUUCUAUGUUGGUGGAAGAGCUGGUUGGGUUCCUAAUCCAUCUGAAAAUUACAAUAAUUGGGCUGAAAGAAUGAGAUUUCAAGUCAAUGACACUCUUGUGUUCAAGUACAAGAAGGGAUCAAACUCAGUAUUAGUGGUAAACAAGGAUGAUUAUGACAAAUGCAACACAAAUAAUUCAAUUAUGAAAAUGGAUGAUGGCAAUUCAAUUUUCAAAUUUGAUCAUUCAGGUCCAUUUUUUUUUAUUAGUGGAAAUAAAAAUGAUUGUGAAAAUGGAUCACAAAAAUUAAUUACUGUUGUUUUAGCUAUUAGACCUCCUCCUCCUCCUUCUCCUACUACACCUCCUUCAACUCCGGGAAAUUCUCCGGCAACAUCUCCGGCUACUUCUCCGUCGGUAUCUCCCUCCGUGUCACCCGCAACUUCUCCUGUGAGUCAAACACCUACUUCAACACCCGGAAAUGCUCCGGCAACAUCUCCGGCGACUACUCCGGUAUCAUCUCCUUCAGAAUCACCAUCAACAACUCCGGCAUCUCCGGUAAUAUCUCCGGCGAAUUCUCCGGUAUCAUCUCCGUCAGAAUCACCAUCAACAACUCCGGCAUCUCCGGUAAUAUCUCCGGAGACUUCGCCGGCGCCGUCAACAACAUCGCCUUCUUCAUCACCGUCGGGGACAAUAAUUUCACCAUCUCCAUCGGGUGGUUCAUCAUCUCCAAGUUCACCGAGUACGCCGGGAUCACCAGUGAAUUCACCGCCGGGAAGUGUUGUUCCGCCGGCUGGCGGAGGAAACAGUCCGCCGGCGGAUAUUCAGGCACCUACUGGCUCAAAGAACUCAGCAGUAAAAGCAUUUACUACUAUUUCAGCUGUUUUUGUGUCAAUUAUAUUUACUACUAUAAUUAUUAUUUCUGCUUAGUGGAAAAUACAAAAGGAAAAAUUAAAAUUAACAAAAAAAAAAAGGUAAAAUAAACAAAAAAUAGUUUCUAAUUAUUUUUUUUAAUUCUUGGUACAUUGAAUUACUGAGAGGUUUAUUAGAUGUAGAAAGAGAGUGUUUUAUUUUUUUAUUUUUAUCUUUUGUUGUUAUGGUUGGCAUGAAAUUGAUUUCAUGAGAGAGUAUAUAAUAAAGUUUGUUAUUUUUCUUGUUAAUA